AUGAAUUUAAUCCACAUAUUAAUACAAAUAACUUUAGUAAAUUGUAAUUUAAAAUUAAAAGAAGGCACAGAUAAAAUUAAAUCUAUUUUAAAUCAAUAUAAAAUAAGACAACGAAGAUGCGACCUGGAAAUUGAUAAUUUUGUGAACAAAACUGUGAAUUUUUUAAUAAAAAAUGAAAGAUUUGGUGAUAUUCUAAACAAUUAUAACGUAAGUAAAUGUGGUCUGAGAGUAAAACAUUUAGAAAAACAUGUAAGCAGUUUAUUGAUACAUGAAGAUGUACCCGAAGAACAUUGGAUGGAGUACAAAACAGUAUUCAAUAAAUCAUACGAAACUAACCAUCAUGAGACAGUAGCUAAAACAACUUGGCUCCAAAACCUGCAACUUGUGGCGAAACAUAACAGAGAAUAUUUAUCCGGGAAGAUAUCUUAUUCCUUGCAACUAAACCAUUUCGGAGAUUGGCAUGUAAACGAUUACAUUAGUGGAAUCUUGAAGCUACAAAUAUCUACAAUCCCUCUGUUUGAUCCAGCUAGAGACUAUAGUAGAGUCGGGUAUAGAAGUUUCCGCCAUCAUAAAGUACCAAGAUCGUUGGACUGGCGUGACCUGGGCUUCAAACCACGUCGCGAGGAACAAUGGCGGUGCGGCGCGUGCUACGCCUUCGCUGUUACACACGCGAUUCAAGCGCAACUCUACAACAAACAUAGAAAAUGGGAUGAACUGAGUCCUCAACAGAUAGUGGACUGCAGCUAUGAAGAUGGCAACCAGGGCUGCAAUGGUGGCUCUUUACAGGCUGCCUUCAGAUACGCAGCCAGGGAGGGACUAGCCAGAGAAACGAAAUACCCAUACCGUGGGAAGAAAGGUCGUUGCCACAGUUGGGGAACAGUUCGUGUACGCCCUCGCCGCUGGGCGGCGCUGCCGGCGCGUAAUGAAGCGGCAAUUGAAAGCGCUCUGGCCAACAUUGGCCCACUCGCUGUUGCUGUAAAUGCUGCGCCUAUUACAUUCCAGCUUUAUAGGAGCGGUAUCUACGACGAUCCCUUCUGCGUGCCGUGGCGUAUGAACCAUGCUAUGCUGCUUGUGGGAUACACACCCCAGUACUGGUUGCUGCUUAACUGGUGGGGCCGGAAGUGGGGGGAAGACGGGUAUAUCAGAAUACGUCGAGGUUUAAACACAUGUGGCGUUUCUAAUAUGGCGAUGUACGUUGAAUUGUAAACAAAUAAAUACAUUGAA